UCCUUCUACCCUUCCCUGUGAAGAGUGAAGAUGAUGAAGAGGAAGGGCUUCAUCGGAGACAAACUGAACACAUGGAAACAGAAGCUGAUGGAGAGGACUGUGGAGGACCAGAACCAGCCAGGAACUCACAUCCACUUUUACAACCAGAGACUGAUGAUAGUGUUGAUAGCGAUUUCUGGAAGGAGAGCAGAAAACGUCCGACAUGUUUGAACUCUCUGGAACAUGAGGAAGUUCCUGUCAGUGCUGACAAAGAAAAAGAUUCAAGAUGUAAGAAAACAUUCAGCUGCUCUGAGUGUGGGAAAAGAUUUGGCCGCAAGACACGCCUAAAUAGACACAUGAAAUGUCACACAGGAGAAAAACCUUUCAGCUGCUCAGUUUGUAAAAAAUCUUUUUCAGAGAAUGGAAGUUUACAGAAACACAUGCGAGUCCACACAGGAGAGAAACCAUUCACCUGCUCAGUUUGUAAGAGACAUUUUGCAUGGAAAGGACAUUUUCAGAGUCACAUGAGAAUCCACACUGGAGAGAAACCUUACAGCUGCUCAUUCUGUGAUAAAGCUUUCCGUGAAAGUGGAAAUCUUAAGAGACACAUGGCCCUCCACACAGGAGAGAAAAAAUACGCCUGCAGUUUUUGUGACGAAAAAUUCACCUGGCCUCAACAGCUCAAAACCCAUCAGUGUGUUAGUCGACAUCUGCAACCAGAGACUGGAGACCAGACUGGAGACUCUUCUGAACCUGAGACUGAUGACAGUGCUGAUUGGAAGGAGACCAGAGAACCUCAGUCAGCUUUAAACUCUCUGAAACAUGAAUCAAGAUGUAAGAAACCAUUCAGCUGCUCUGAGUGUGGGAAAAGAUUUGGCACCAACGCACAUUUGAAGAGACACAUGAUAACUCAUACAGGUGAGAAAGCUUUCAGCUGCUCUGAUUGUGGGAGAAGAUUUGGCCGUAAGGCACAUCUGCAAGAACACAUGAUGACUCACACAGGGGAGAAACCAUUCAGCUGCUCAGAUUGUGGGAAAUCUUUUGUGUGGCGAGGACGUUUGUUGAAACACAUGAGCAUCCACACAGGCGAGAUCCCUUUUGGCUGCUCAUUUUGUGAUAAAAGAUGUUGGCACAAGUCGGAUCUGAAGAGACACAUGAUGACUCACACGGGAGAAAAACCUUUCAGCUGCUCAGAGUGUGGAAAAAGAUUUAUACAGAGGGCGCAGCUGACUCAACACGUUACGGUUCACACAGGGGAGAAAAAUUACAGCUGCAGCGUUUGCGAUAAAACAUUUGCCUGGGCUUCGCAGAUCAAAAGACACAAAUGUGUCGGCCGUCAGUCGUCACAGCUUCGUCAAACUGAGGAGAACAGAGAGGCAGAGCCUCCGGCCAGCAGAGACCCUGAGAGCUGCAGCUCAUAACACUUAUCUGAUAGCUCCUUGACUCCUAGGUCCUUGGCUGAACCGGAAGUUGUUCCGUCCCUCCUCGGUGAGGGCCGUCUCAAAGCUCUUAUUUCUGCCCAGAGGACCAAGGAGGGAUCAUCGAGGAGCUAUACGCGAGGAUACAGAGAGCAGCCUUCCUGGAAGCCAUGCAGCUGAAGGAGUUGCUAACUCCGCCCAAUCAGCUGACGUAUUCAUGUUGGCGCUUCAGAGGAAAGGAGGUCUCAUCUCCUUUUGCCUCUCUCCUCCCGCGAUUUCCUCGCGUCUCUCCCAUGCCUCCUCGUGGGAGGGACUAAGACGCGAGGAAGGGAGGCAAGUGGAGGACUCGAGGAGGCAAUAUAAGGGACAUAAGAAGCACCUUAUAUCCUUGACGUUCCAAGUCCGGGAUUGCUCCGGUGCCGCAGGAAAUUCCGCCGGAUGCACGUCUUUUCGGCCGGAUGUCCGUCCCCUUCCUCUUCCUUUGUGUUGGCGUUCUAACCUCUGGUGGAUUUGUGAGGACUAUGGUUAACUGCUCCUCAGAUCUCUGCAGGGUAAAUCCAGACAGCUAGCUAGACUAUCUGUCCAAUCUGAGUUUUCUGUUGCGCGACUACAACUACAAAGCAAGUUCAACAUCCUCAGGAUAUCUUUGCAUUGUCACGCUUCACUGACCCUUUUUUUCAUAAAUUUGGUUCAACGGGAUUUAUAUUGUAUUAUGUGUUUUAUUAUGAGUUAUUUAACAUAAAUCAACAUCUAACUGUGAACUGAUGUGUCUGAAUCUUCCAGCGGCAUUAAAUAACACAGGGAAUCCCUGCGGGGAAAGAGACUGGAGACUCUUCUGAUCCUGAGACUGAUGACAGUGCUGAUUGGAAGGAGACCAGAGAACCUCAGUCAGCUUUAAACUAUGGAAAUAAAUCCAUGUGUGAAGAAAGACUGGCAGCAGAGAGACACAAACUGUCCACUGGUGUCACUAGCUGCUUUUGAGUGAUAUCUAUUUAGGCCGUUUACACGUACGUGGUUAUUUUGAAAAACGGAGACAUUUCCCUUCGUUUGUGCCCUUCGUUUACACGCAAACGGAGAAUUCACCUCUGAAAACGAGUCUU